GCGCGUGAGCCCCGUAGGGCCGGGGAGGCACCAGCUGCCGCGCGGGGAGGAGGCCGAGGCCGCAGCUUGAGGGAGGCCCCGGCCCCUCUGCGCCUGUGUCUGGCAGAGCCGGUGUGAGACCAAGAGACAAUCCUUCCCAGCCGCCGGGAUAAUCAAGAGUUUUGGCCGGAACUUUGAACACACACCGAGAUAGUGAGGAGCCAGACGAAAAGCACAGACUAUGGCGCUGAAACGGAUGAAUAAGGAACUUAGUGAUUUGGCCCGUGACCCUCCAGUACAAUGCUCUGCAGGUCCAGUUGGGGAUGAUACGUUUCAUUGGCAAGCCGCAAUUACGGGACCUAAUGACAGCCCAUAUCAAGGCGGUGUAUUCUUUUUGACAAUUCAUUUUCCUGCAGACUACCCCUUCAAACCACCUAAGGUUGCAUUUACAACAAGAAUUUAUCAUCCAAAUAUUAACAGUAAUGGCAGCAUUUGUCUCGAUAUUCUAAGAUCACAGUGGUCUCCUGCUUUAACUAUUUCUAAAGUUCUUUUAUCCAUUUGUUCACUGCUAUAUGAUCCAAACCCAGAUGACCCCCUAGUGCCAGAGAUUGCACGGAUCUAUAAAACAGACAGAGAUAAGUACAACAGAAUAUCUCGGGAAUGGACUCAGAAGUAUGCCAUGUGAUGCUACCUUAAAGUCAGAAUAACCUGCAUUAUAGCUGGAAUAAACUUUAAAU